AUUUUUAAAUGGCUUUACCUUAACCAUUGCCUUAACCUUUCUUUCUAUGUUGCAGCUGCUUCCGCCAUUAUGCUUUCCCCCAUUAAAGCUGAAGCCGUAUGGAACUGAAAGCGAAACCUGUCAAUCACCAACCCUCGACACACCGCCAGUAUCUUUCUGAAAAAACAUUUUCCCGGAGAAGAAAAGUAUUGAGGUAAAUAUGAGUUCAUUGAAAGAAAUUUGUAGCGGCUUACCAACAGAACCAUUGCCAAGAAGACCUGGACCAAGAGACAACUCUAUUCCACACGCUCCUGUUCGAAACCCAAAUCUAACUUCUGAUCAAGAAUUGGUUGCACUCCAGAAUGCUUUAAGAUAUUUCCCAACAUCGACACACCCUGAACUUGCGACUGAAUUUGCAGAGGAGCUGCGUUUGUAUGGUCAUAUUUACAUGUACCGUUUUCAACCACCUAUAGAAAUGAGAGCUUACCCAAUUGAGCAGUAUCCAUGCAGAACAAGACAAGCCGCUGCAAUCAUGUUAAUGAUAAUGAAUAAUCUUGACCCUAAAGUAGCACAGUUUCCACAUGAACUUGUUACAUAUGGCGGAAAUGGUCAUGUGUUCUCAAACUGGGCACAGUUUUGGAUUGUUAUGCACUAUUUAUCCAUUAUGACAGAGCACCAAACCUUGAUCAUGUAUUCAGGACAUCCAAUGGGAUUGUUUCCCAGCUCACCAUCGUCGCCCAGGGCUGUGAUAACAAAUGGCAUGGUCAUCCCAAAUUACUCAUCGAUUAACGAUUUUGAGCGUAUGUUUGCCCUUGGUGUGACGAUGUAUGGCCAAAUGACAGCAGGAAGUUAUUGUUACAUUGGGCCACAGGGAAUUGUUCACGGUACCACAAUCACUGUAAUGAACGCUGGUAGGAAGUACCUAAAAACAAACGACCUUUCUGGCAAGGUUUUUGUAACUUCUGGUUUGGGUGGGAUGAGUGGUGCACAACCAAAAGCAGGCGUGAUUUGUGGAUGUGUAACUGUGGUGGCAGAGGUUUCUGAGGAAGCUCUUUUGAAAAGACACAAACAAGGCUGGUUGAUUGAGAUAGCAGAUGAUAUUGAUGAUUUGGUCAAAAGAAUAAGAAACUCGAGAGACCAGAAAAGACCUGUUAGUAUUGGUUACCAUGGCAAUGUGGUGGAAGUGUGGGAAUAUCUGGCUAAAAUCUAUAAAGAAACAGGAGAAAGAUUGGUUGAUUUGGGUUCAGAUCAAACUUCAUUACACAAUCCAUUUAAUGGCGGAUACUACCCUGUACAGAUAUCAUUUGAAGAAGCAAAUAAGUUGAUGCAUGCUGAUCCAGAUCAAUUUAAAACUUUAGUUCGUGAGAGCUUGUGUCGGCAAGUAAAUGCAAUCAACACACUCGCAUCUGCCGGGAUGUAUUUUUGGGAUUAUGGAAAUGCAUUUUUAUUGCAAGCUAGCAGAGCUGGUGCUGAUGUGAUGAAGCCUGGGGCAGCUACUGGAGUCUUUAAAUAUCCCACAUAUGUUCAAGAUAUAAUGGGCGAUAUCUUUUCAAUGGGUUUUGGACCUUUCAGGUGGGUUUGCACAAGUUGCCUUGAAUCUGAUCUUGCUGAAAGUGAUAAAAUUGCUGCCGAAAUUUUGAAAAGAUUGGCAUCUGACGAAAAAAUUCCAGAGUGCGUAGCAGGACAGUUUAGAGACAACUUGAAAUGGAUUGAAGAAGCCGGAAAACACAAAUUAGUUGUUGGUUCGCAGGCGAGAAUACUUUACUGUGAUCAAAAAGGACGCUCCGAAGUAGCUGAUGCAUUUAAUAAAGCUAUUGCUACUGGUAGAAUUAAGGGUGCUAUAGUGAUCAGCCGUGACCAUCAUGACGUCAGCGGCACAGAUAGCCCAUUUCGCGAAACGUCAAAUAUUUAUGACGGCUCGUCGUUUUGUGCAGACAUGGCUGUGCAGAAUUGUAUCGGAGACGCAUUUCGUGGCGCCACAUGGGUGGCACUUCAUAAUGGCGGUGGGUGUGGCUGGGGUGAAGUAAUUAACGGUGGAUUUGGUCUUGUCCUUGAUGGUUCGGAGGGAGCAGGAGAGAGGGCGAAGAAAAUGCUUGCAUGGGACGUUUCCAAUGGUGUUGCACGUCGAGCUUGGUGUGGAAAUUCUUAUGCGCAGGAAGCUAUUAGUAGAGCAAUGAGAGAAAAUGAGAACUUGGUUGUCACAAACGCUUAUAAAGUCGAAGAUCUAGAUGUUCUGGCAAAAGCUUUUGUCUCACUUGGGAAGUAAACACCAUGUUUUUAACGCGAAUUCUUUUUUACUUUUAUAUUUUAAAAUUAUUAAAAUCGAAAAUAUUAUCAACAGAAAAAA